CGCGGGCUUAGCGCUCCGAGUUCUGCGUUCCCUCGAACUCCCAUUAGGACGGAAGGGAGAUGCAUUCGGGACCGCGGCCACUGAGCAGCGGACGCGGCUCCCAACGUCGGAGGCUGGGCUUCGGUCCGACUCCCCGACUUCCCUAGGCGCUGAGUCCGGCUGACCCACGGCUGUGGUCCUCGGACUUGAACUGAGUGGGCGGGGACCCAGGGCGAGGGAAACCUACGGCCGGGACCUCCUCCCGGCCGGACUUGGCCACCCCGCCUCUGGCGGUGCCUGACCUGCACGGUGGAGCAGCUGCCGGGCUGUGGACCCUGGGGUGCUUUGGAAGCGGGCGGGACGCUCUGCCCGGGUGUUUGAGUUUCCACGUGCAUUUUCCCGCCGCGAUCUCCGACGGGAAGCCUCACUACGCCGAGUUAGUGGAACACAUCUAACACAAUGAAGUUAACAAAGCGGGGUCCGGAACAGGUCGUUUUUCCUUCAUUUAACUGCGUUAAGGGCACUAUGAACGAAGAAGAGCACUUUGUAAACAUUGAUUUGAAUGAUGACAACAUUUGCAGUGUUUGUAAACUGGGAACAGAGAAAGAGACACUCUCCUUCUGCCACGUUUGUUUUGAGCUAAGUAUUGAGGGAAUACCAAAAUCUAAUCUCUUGCACACCACAUCAUUAAGGGGCCAUAAAGACUGCUUUGAAAAAUACCAUUUGAUUGCAAAUCAGGACUGUCCUCGAUCUAAGCUUUCAAAAAGUACUUAUUAUGAAGACGUUAAAACCAUUUUGAGUAAGAAGAUAAACUGGAUUGUACAGUAUGCACAAAAUAAGGAUGUAGAUUCAGAUUCUGAAUGUUCUAAAAAUCCCCAGGAUCACCUGUUAAAUUUUCGGCAUAACCCAGAUAAAAAGUUAUUCCCACAGUGUGACUCCCAAGUACCAAAGUAUUCUGCUAAGUGGAUAGAUGGAAGUACAGCUGGCCUCUCGGACUGCACACAAAGAAUACUGGGGCAGAGAGAAAAUACAGACUUUGGGCUGGCUGUGUUACAGGAUUCGGGUGCCACUUUAUGCCACAGUAGUGGACUGUGGUCUCACAGUCAAAACCAGGCACAGAAAAAAGAAGAGACAAUCUCUAAUCAAGAGGCAGAUGUCCAGACCCAGCAUCCUCAUUACAGCAGAGAGGAAUUGAAUUCGAUGACUUUUGGUGAGGUAAAGCAACUGAAUGCAAAGCUCCAACAGCAAAUACAGGAAGUUUUUGAAGUGUUAAUGCACCAACUGCAAGAAAAAGAUUCCUUAGCCUCAGAGCUCCAUGUCCGCCACGUUGCCAUCGAGCAGCUUCUCAAGAACUAUUCCAAGUUACCGUGUCUGCAAGUGGGACGGACAGGAAUGAAGUCACACCUGCCCAUAAACAACUGAGCUACACUGAACACUCACUUCCCGCGCCCUGCCGUUCGCUGGUCUGCCAGGCAUGCGGACUCCAAACAACUUGAAGAAAGUCUUGGUCCAUUGUGUGAUGCUCAUCAAAUUUGCCAAGCUUAAAAGCAGUAUUUAUCUUUGACAAAUAAAGCUGAUCAUUGCACUUUAGGCUUGUAGGGUUGAUCAUUUUGGCUUAUUUUGGGAAUCUUUUUUCCCAUAAUUUCUAAAUGGCCCUUCCUAAUUUUUACGACAUGUGACUAUUUAAAUAUACUAUUACAGUGUGAUUUUAUUAAACAUAGUUUAAUGUAAUUCACCUUUUAAAACAAUAGGAGUUUAACAAAUCCUUAGAUUAGUCUGAACUACUAAAGAUAAAAAUGAAAGAGGGAAGUGAAAUUCAUAAUAUCACCUUAUUUAUUAUGAGCAAUAUUUUAAUACGAAAAUUUUAUAUAUAAAAAUGCUAUUUUAGGUACCUUUCCAUUCUCUUUAUAAAUGUGUAUGAAUGGUUCUGUAUAUUUACACUUUCAUGUGUGACUGUUACACAUACUUCAUAUCACUGCAUUUUAUUCUCUUAAUACACUGCUUCUACAGCUGUUACCUUAUUUUCCAAAGAUAAAUGUAUUUUGGAGUAGAAAUCUAUCUAGUUGAAUUCUAUGACUUCUAACAACUCUUACGAAAGAAGAAUUAACUUUUUAAAGCCAAUAUACAAGAAAAUAAAUAUAUAAUUUUUUUCUAACUAAAGCAAUUCUGAGUUUGUUCAGGAAGAAAAUGCUAAUCUAGCUUUUGUAAGUCAGUUUGUCUCCACAGAAGUAAAAACCUCUUUUAUCUCAUCAUUACUUUCAUCCCAUUUUGAUGUGUUAGAAUUUGGGCAGAGUAAAGUCAGGGCUCACUUGCAAGUCAAAUGUCAUAUCUAUCUUCAUAUCAAAUGCACUGUGAAAGAAUUGUCCUGUCUUUGAAAAAGUUAAAGUGAUUCUGUGUGCCACUUUGGAUAAACGUUCAAGAACCCUUGAACUGUCCAAAUUAUGUAUCAACAUCAUUGAAAUUAGUCUUGAACACAAACUAGUAAAAAACAACUUUUUGGAAUACUAAAAUAGGUUAAAUUUGCCCAAGAAUAUUACUUGACAUCUCAUUCAUCUUCAAAGUAUAACAUAAUUGCUUUUUGGAGGGAGCUUUUGAAAGGUAUCAGUUUCUCUCAGUUCUUUGAGCCAUCCAAAGUGAAUGUAAAAUCCAGGAGUGGGGAUACAUUGCCUUAGUGUUUGAUAAGCUUUAAAUUGAAUGUGUGCAAUAUCGAAAUCCAUAAAUUUAUAAGUUAAUGAAGAAGACUUUUCUGGAUGAUGCCAGUAAGGACCUGAGUGCUUAGUUGUUAUGGUCACAUUUUCAAGUUUGACUUUACUCUUUUUCGGCAUAACUCCUUAAGGAUGUUACCAGCCAGUGCUUGCACACAUUUGUGCUUCUAUUUAGAUCACUUUGGGACCCAUAGACCUUCGGGAUGUGUUGCAUUUGAUACCAGUAGUGGCAUAUUUCCAGCGCGUGAGCCAUAUGGUGCGGCCCUGAACACCACAGUGUUAGCCAAAGAAAGUGUGUGCUUAUUUCUGAAAGAACUCUGGCAGAUACGUAGCUUUACUAAUGUUAGGAAAAAUUCGAUGGGAUUAUGCAUGUACCGAGCUCUUAAUCAGGGACUCUUCAGUUACUCCAUUUAGAUAUUUCUACUUAAGCUCUUCAAAGGAAAGGUGCUCUUAAAAAUCUGUGGUGCUGGUACUCACACUAGUACUUUAUUUGGCUAAAUAUUCUAGUAAAAAACUUGUUAGUGUAUUUUGCACAGUGGUUUAUUCAAAUAUUUGAUAAACUUAUUUUCUGUUGUUUUUUAUUUAUUGAUUUUAGGGAAGUAUCAAUUUGUUGUUACACUUAUUUAUGCAUUCACUAAAUUGAUUCUUGUACGUGCCGUGAUGGGUUUGAACCCACAACUAUGGCAUGUUGGGACAAUGCUUUAACCAAAUGAGCUACCCAGCCAGGGCCCCAGUGUUAGUUUUCUUGAUUGAAUAUGAAAUUAUUGUAUAUUCUAAAAGAAGGCUAAGAGACGGAGUUGAAUUCUACCUUGAGAGAAUAUAAAAUAUCACAAAUACUGGUUACCAUACUUGGCUAUUCUGUACAGUUGGUGCUUUCUGGGGAAGUUUAGAAGAAAACCUUAUCUAUACCUUCAGUUUAAAAAGUGGCAAAAGAGAGAUUGCAAAUUGUCUGUAUUAGUUCAGAGCCUAUAUGGCUAAGGGGAUGGAGUCAAUUUUUUUUUUCAUGUUAGAUUUCAUAAUUAAACAAGUUGAAUUGAGUUUUUUAAAAAGUCAGUUUGAAGUCAAAAGUGAUUUUGCCACCACCCAAGAUUGUUCUCAAAGUUUUCAGAACUCGGCCUUUUAUCAUCCUUUGAUCCUAGUAUUUAAUGUCCUAAAUUGUCUUAGUUUUUAAAAAGUCAUGUGCUUAAGACAUCGAUAAUAGAUGCACACAGCAGAAUAGUAUUUUGUAGCUUCUUAUGUUGGGGCAAAGAAAUGUUCUUUUUCAAGUUGUAUGUUCAUUUCACCAUAAAGUGCCCAUUUUUAUAUACAUUUGAGAAUUAUUUUUAAAAUAAGUUCAUGUUGGAAAGUAUUUCAGAAAAAUACUCUCUUUUGCUGGCAUCUUGACAGACAUCUUGAGAUUUCUCGGGUUUUUCAUUUUACCAUAUUCUUUAUAAAGUGCUUUCCUUUUUUUUUUUUUUUUUAUCAUAUAUCUGUUACCUUGGUGUUUAAACUCUUGAGUCUUGUCAAUUUUUUUCCUAGGGUUUCUUUCCUACUUAAUUUUUUGGGGUCUCUUUGUGUGUUAAUGUUUGCCAGUUUGGGUUUUAUUUUGGUUUUUUAGAAGAAAUCUUGGUGUUAUUAAUGUAAAAUGGAAUACAAAAUGUGUAUGUUCCAAAGUUAAGUAGGAGCUUUUAAAGAAUUUGUGCAGCUUAGUAGGAGAUUCAGGUUAGUGCACAUAAAAUUAGGUUUCGUGACAUGAAAACUUUUCAAUGGCUAUUGUAGUGUUAUUUUUCUAAUUUAUGCCAAUUCGUUACUGACAGAUGUUAUUGCUUAUGCUAAGGUAAGAUACCGAGUAUUUUUAGGUGCUUAUUAAGAAGUUUAGUACUCUUUAAAAAUUCUCUAAUGUUCAGAUAUGGCUGUAAAAGCGUAGUUAAUUGAUUUUACUUCAGUGUUCAGUUGCAUUUUUAACUGUAGGUUGGUGGAAGUAAUUAUUUGAAAAAGGUUGUGGUGAAAGUAAGAUAUAAAACUCAACAGGUUAUUCUUGCCAAAUUAAGCUUUUUGGUGGUGGGCUGGGGGAGAGUUUACUUCCCUGAAUAGUAAGGUAAUAGAGCUCUGUCCCUGUGCUGGUCUUGCGUCUCAGCAUUUUCACUCCCUUCUGCCUCUCCUCGUGGCCCUCGUUAUACAGUGUAGUCUUAACUUGGUUGUGUUGUUGUAAACCUACUGUAGCAAGGCUCUAGCAUUGAGAUUUUCUUUAGCAACUGCUUUGUAAUACAUUCUUCUCCUAUUCUCUUUAGUUUAUGAGAGACCAAGAUGCUACUGCAUUUGAGUGAUACAGGAGUGAAGCAAAAUUAUGGAGAUGAGCAUUGCCUGUCCCCUUCCCCCCAAAAAGAGCGUUAGUUGAACUUCCCUCACCUACACAUAAAACAAAGGGAAUUUUAGUAAAUACAUGUUUCUUAUCUCUUUCGAAUGUGUGGAAUAUUUAUUUUCAUUCUGCCUUGUAAAGAGGCAGUUUAGAAAGUGUUCUGUAGUGACUUCUACAGAAAGCCAUUGCUACUUUUUCAAUACAUUGUGUGUGUUAACCUUGCUUUCAGGCGAGUAGAUUAUAUCGUGGUCAUUGAACUUAAUCUCUCUUUGGUGUUAGAAAUUUACUUUACAAAAUUGUGCUAAGACAUUUGGAAAAACCAGAGUUGGUUUCAAAAAAAGUUUAUAUAGACGUUAUUUUGGCUUAUACUUUUCUUUUAAAACUGCAAUAAUUUACAUAUCUGUAUUGUUCUGCUUUGGAACAGUAACUACUUAUGCUUGUCUACUAUUUUUAAUUUUUCAACAAUAAAAUAAUAUUUUGUUAAA